GCUCACAGCUGGAAUGCUCCUGCAGGCUGCAACACGCCUUCCAGCCAUCAUGUCAGCAGAUAACAAACCUGAGAGCGUGUUUCUGGCAGAACAGCAGCUCUGCUGAGAUAACAUGAGAGGAUACCGAGGGAUCAAGUACACUUUGUUCAUCUUCUGCUACUUCUUCUGGGUUGUCAGCGCCGUCCUGAUAGCAGUGGGGAUCUAUGCCAAGGUCGCCAAGGAAAAAGAUGUAGUCGACACUCUAACGAUUGAUCCAGCGCUGCUGUUGAUCAUCGUUGGGUCGUUGAUGUUUCUCAUCACCUUCCUGGGAUGUUUUGGUGCGCUGCGUAACGCCACCUGCCUGCUGAAGACGUUCUUGGCAAUCCUGGCUGUAAACUUCCUCCUGCAGAUUGCAGCUGGAGCAGUAGGAUACGUUUUUACAGACAUGGUGAUGGAAAGGACAGAGAAACUGAUGAUGAAGACAAUUGUUGGCUACAGAGAGGAUGGGGACCUGGAGAACGUCAUCGACUACAUACAGAAGAAGUUCCAGUGCUGUGGUGUAGAAAGCUAUGAGGACUGGUCCCAUAAUCUUUACUUUAACUGUUCGGAGAGCAAUCCCAGUCUGGAAGCCUGCGGAGUUCCCUUCUCAUGCUGCGUUCGUCUGCAGAACCAGACAGUGCUGAACACCAUGUGUGGUUAUGGGAUGCAGCAGGAACAGAAAGGCUCAGCCAAAGAGCACAUCUUCACCAUCGGCUGUCUGGAGAAGAUCAUUAUGUGGGCCCAGAACAACCUGCUGCUGGUAGGUGGCCUGACGGCGGGCCUGCUGCUGCUCGAGGUGUGCAUGAUGAGUCUGGCUGGUGCUCAGGUCGUCUGGGUACAGAAAGUCCAACGGAGACAAAAAGAAAAUGAAGCUCAGAGCAGAGACGAGCGGAAGGAGAGGCUCUGGUUUCCUGCCUUUGCAGACUUUGAUGGUGAAUAAACUCAACUGAUGAAAUGUUGAGAACACGCAGGGAGGUUUUGCAUCAACACUGUGAAUUUUGCAGCAGGUUCCUGGAGGCAGUUUAACAGUUUGUUAAAGCUUUUAAAGGUGAAUCGCUGUACAAACAUCCGUGAAACUUAAAAACACCUGCAGAAAGAUCUUAAAGUACCAAUACACCAGAUCCAGAAUGUUCUCUGAAGUUGUUGGUUUAACAUGUUCGACAGAAAGAUUGAAAGUUUUUUAAUGAUUAACAGAAAUGCAUCAGCUCUGCUCUACAAUGCAGAGUUUGACUUUUCAGGAGAACAAUGUUGAACCAGAAAUCUGAAAACAAUGUCUGUCCGGAACAAAUUGGACAUUCCCUUUGAAUAUUCUCAUAUCAGAAUAUCAGACUCAAUAAGGUUAAAUCUUUUAGUUUUAGUUUCCCAUCUAUGUAAUGUUAAGCGUUUUAAAUCUGUACUCUGUGCAGUGGGCUUGUGGGAGAUGUUCUGGUCUCCUUUAGGUUGGACCCCCACCCCAACCCCUGCUGGAAACCUUUCUAAUCACACUUGUUCCUCCUUGACUCACUAAAUAAUCAUUCUGCCUUUAAUUUGAGGUGGAUUAGUAACAGAAACACCUGCGGCUGCAUGUUGCUGCAGGGAUGCACUCUUGUGCGUCCUCACGUUUACCUCAUUGGAUUAAUGACCUCAUGGCAAAGAGUGAGUGAGUGUGUGUGUGUGUGUGUGUGUGUGUGUGUAUGUGUGUGUGUGUGUGUGUGUGUGUGUGUGUGUGUGUGUGUG